GUUGCACCGUGUCAGUUACAUUGUAACAAAAGUGGUCCUGCUGCUCCUCCGGCCUGCACCUCAGGCCCGCCCGCCGCCAGCUGUCGCCGACAUGGAAUCCGUGGCCAGCAACAUCCAGGUCCUGCUGCAGGCGGCCGAGUUCCUGGAACGCCGCGAGAGAGAGGCUGAGCACGGAUACGCGUCCCUGUUCCCGCACCGAAGUCCGGGCCCCGCCCACAGAAAGAGGAAGGGAUCCCUCCAAGCUCUUGGCGCGUUGGACAGUGGGCGGUCUGUGCACAAUGAGCUGGAGAAGCGCAGGAGGGCCCAGCUGAAGCGGUGCCUGGAGCAGCUGAAGCAGCAGAUGCCCCUGGGUGCUGACUGUGCCCGAUACACCACACUGAGCCUUCUGCGCCGGGCCAGGAUGCACAUCCAGAAGCUGGAGGAGCAGGAGCAGCGGGCCCAGAGGCUAAAGGAGAAGCUGCGCAGCAAGCAGCAGAGCCUGCAGCAGCAGCUGGAGCAGCUCCGGGGGCCGGCAGGGGCAGGCGAGCGGGAGCGGCUGCGGGCAGACAGCCUGGACUCCUCAGGCCUCUCCUCUGAGCGAUCCGACUCAGACCAAGAAGAGCUGGAGGUGGACGUGGAGAGCGUGGUGUUCGGGGGUGAGGCCGAGCUGCUACGGGGCUUCAGUGCAGGCCAGGAACACAGCUACUCACACAGCGGCGCCUGGUUAUGACCCUCACCACCCCAGAGCGUGCCUCUGCCCUCAGACCAUCCUCCGCUCCACUCUGCCAAGCAGGAGUCCUCCCCAAGCCUCAAGGGCUGCUCAGUCACCUCCUGUUGAAAUGGACUAAAAGGACCUUGGUGUGGGAGCAGGUGCUCCCCCUGACCCACUGCUGCAGCCCCUCCUAGAGGAGGGGGCCUGGCUUCCCCUGAGCCCAGUAGGGCAGGCAGCUUGGGCCUGGGCCACCCUUCCAGGCAUUUUUUUUUUGUAGCACUUGGCUCUGUUGUCCCAUGGGGACAGUAAGCCUCUUGGGCCCACCCCCAUGUUCCUUCCUAGACAAAGGCCCUCUGGCCUUUGCCCCAUAGAUACUGUACAGUGUUUUCAUUAAAAGGCUUUCUUAACUUCC